AGAUAAAGUUUCCUUUCCUACGGAUUCCAAAUCCAAGGUACCAUUCUUGCGGGGAUCAAAGAAUCUGAUUUUCCUCCUCCUCCUGUCCAUCAAAGACUGACUUCUUUCUUGCUGACAUAACCUCAUCAAUCAUCUCAGCAUAGCCUGUCAUCUUAAAGGAACCUUUCUUAGCUCUGCGACAGUGUAUAUCAAGAAAAUAAUUUUUUUUUUCUUCGAAAAACUUGACAAUGGAGCAUGACAGGUUAAAUUCUCCAAGCACCUCUGCAAUCACUCUUGAAGUUCUAGGCCAUCAACUGCAAUUCUCUCAGGAUCCAAAUUCCAAGCAUUUAGGAACUACAGUUUGGGAUGCAUCAGUGGUGUUCGUUAAAUUUCUGGAAAAGAAUUGCAGAAAGGGACGGUUUUGCCCUUCCAAACUCAAGGGAAAACGGGUUAUUGAACUUGGAGCAGGUUGUGGAGUGGCUGGUUUUGGGAUGGCACUGCUGGGAUGCAAUGUGGUUUCAACAGACCAAAUGGAUGUUUUGCCAUUGCUAACGAGAAAUGUUGAGCGUAAUACUUCAAGAAUCAUGCAGAUGGAUCCUAAUUCAGAUUCAUUUGGUUCAAUCAAGGUUGCAGAAUUGGACUGGGGAAACAAGGAUCAUAUAAUGGCUGUUGAUCCACCAUUUGACUACAUCAUUGGCACUGAUGUUGUUUAUGCAGAGCAUCUCCUGGAACCACUACUGCAAACAGUAUUUGCCUUGUCAGGACCCAAAACAACAAUUUUGAUGGGUUAUGAGGUUCGAUCUACAAGUGUUCACAAGCAGAUGCUUGAUGUGUGGAAACCGAACUUCGAACUGAAAAUUGUUCCAAGAGCUAAGAUGGACGGUAAGUACCAGCAUCCAAGCAUUCAACUUUACAUCAUGGGAUUAAAGCCUUCAGCUGGGAACAUAGAAAAUAUGACUCAAAGGAUUGAUCCACAAACCGAUGAAGUUGAAACAGAAGUUCAAAUGCCAAAAGAGUACGGUAAUGGUGGGAAUAGUAAUGCCAUGAAUAAUAUGGAUGAUGGCAGUAGUGAAAAAGUUCAGGAGGAUUUAAAGUUUCCAAAAGGAAAGCUUACUGAUUGGGAAGCAAGGAGACUUGGCUCAAUGGCUGCUAGACUUCUUCAAGAUGUCAAGAUGACAUAAAUUUUCAGCUGUGAUAUUCAUAAUUAGUUUAUUGUACUUCAGUCUAUAUGCCUCGCUCCAUUGUUAAGCUUUAUCAUAGUUUAAUGACACAACAUAUGCUAUGCUGCCUUAAAUCAUGACGCUGAUAUUCAGAGAUUGACAUUAGAAUUCCUGGUUUAUGGGAAAUCAGACCUAGGAAAUUAAUCCUUUGUAAAUAAGUUAUAAACAACUGACCUUGAAGUGGAUUGUGCCAGAACGCGGGCAUAAUAGGAUAAUCUCAACUGAAAUGUGAAAAGUCAGGCUUUAUCAAGUGAAGUAAAUUUUUGAAAAGAAUAUUUGAAGCUGGUUUUCAGCAUCUGCAGCAGAUUUGAAGAAAAUUGAAGUCUCCAAGAAAUAGCAUAUGAAAAACUUGCUGAUAUUUGAACGCUUCAAUGUUAGAGAAAUCCAAACAUUUUAAACCUUGCCUGAAAAAUCGCAUGUGUUCAAUAGACGGUUGCUCAAACCUGCUAGAAUAAUGUGUUUUUUCU